CUCACUACUGCACCCCUGACAGGGUUACCAGGGAGGGAAUAUGUAUCCACCUCCCCAGAAGCCUGGUGCUGCUCCCAGUCCUGGUCCCACUGGCCCCAACCCCCCAGCUGGAUAUAGUACGGGUCCGCGCAGACACCCCGACUUCGAAAAGACACCAGGAUGGCGUGGGAACAGCCAGUAUGGAGGUUACACCGGCCAGAACCAGCAGGGUCCCCCUCAGCAGGCGUGGAGUCGCCCCAACGACUCUGCGCCGCCUGGAGCUCCAACUUCUCAAUGGAGUCAGCCGCGGUUUCCUGGGCCACAAGGGCAGUUCCAGAAUGCUGUUAGUGCUGGACGAGGGUGGUCAGGUGGAUCCUACACUCAAAAUGUGGGGCCCAGACCUCAGGGCCCUCCCACCAAUAAGAACUAUCUAGUUCCUCCACCCUCUUCAUUUAAGUGUGGGGGCAGCAUGUAUGGUGUUUACACUGGCAAACAUCAAUUCCCCCUUGAUAGUGUUGAGGCGGUGCUGCCGGUGCUGGCACGAAGGAAGCGCAUGACCCGCUCUGACCUUCCUACUCUUGACCCCUGGAGGCUACUCAUGUCUUUGCGGUGUGGUCUGGCUGCGGAAGUGACCUGGGCCUUAGAUGUCUUGAACAUUCUCCUGUUUGAUGACCAAACGGUAGUUUACUUUGGCUUACACCACAUGCCAGGACUCCUAGAGGCCCUCAUUGAACACCUCAGAAGGGGCCUUAUCAACAUGUUUGACAUCUGCUCAGAACUGGAGCUUGGCAGUGAUGAGAAGGCCACGGGAGCUAACAAAAGGGUCAAGGCAAUGCAGCAUGAUGACUCAGACAGACCCUGGUACUUGCGGCCGCCACCAUCGCCCACCCUCGAGCUAGACCUGGGCAAGUUAGAGGAUCAUGACCUGCAGAACAAGGAGGAGAUCUUAAAGGGGGCGGAGGAUUUCACUUUAAUCACCAAGACGGGCAAGACGGUUAAAUUCGUGAAGCGGGAUGGUGAGCUGUUCAUGCGUGAAGGCAGCCGGGAGUGGGACAAGUGGGAGGGCUUCAGCUCAGGUGUAGACACCUGGUCGGUGGGUGGAGGUGAGUGCACCGCCCACAUUAUCUGCAGCAUGCAGAGCUCGGUGCCUCCCCUGCCCUUCACUCGCCUCAUGCCCUGCAAGGAUGGCAGGAUCGAGGAGAUGUCCCUCAAGAAAGAGAAGCUGAUAGAGGUCAAGGAGGAGGUGGAAAUUAAGAAGGAAGUGAUAGUGGAAGUGAAAAAAGAGGAAAAGAGUAAGAAGGAGAAAGUGGUGGAUGUGUUGGCAGAGUUAAAGGAAAAGAAGGUGGAGAAGAUGGAGGACCUUAUUUCUAGAGAAAAGUGUGACAACUCCAAAGAUACUGAGUCAACAGACAAACUUUUCAGUCAAAGGAUAAAUAGAGUUAAUAAUGCAAGGAAGAGCAAACUAGACGAAAUAUUUAAGAAGUUAAAGAAGGAACCAAUGGAGGACCAUAGUGACAAUAAGAAAAGGGAGACAAAAGAAGUGUGUGUUUUGAAAAAGGACAAUGAAGUGCAUGUAGACAGUAGUGUUGUGGUGAAACAGGAACCAAGUAGUGAUAAGUUAACUGAGAGAAAACAAGAGGAAGUAUCUCAAAAUAAGCCAGAAUCUAAAGAAAAAUUAGAAAGGCGUGAAAGCAGUGGCUCCAAGAGGGAAAGUGGUGGAUUCAAAAGACCUCAUGAGGAUCUAGAGGAGGAAUCGUGGAGUCCAGAUGAAGCAUCGUUAAGCACAACUACUGAGGGUCAGGACUGGUUAGGUCGACGUGUCAUGUGCGUGGGUACUGUGAUCCGGAAUCUGUCCUUUAUUCCAGGAAAUGAAGAGGUGAUGAGCAAAUGCGCAUCUCUGCUAGCCUUACUUGGCAAGACAAUCCUGCUGCACCAUGAGCACCCCAAACGCACCCCUUCCACGGCGCAUUAUGACCGUGACGAGGAGGCGGACCUGAGCGACUGGUGCAGCUCCCUGGCUCCGGACACACACUGGUGGUGGCCCUACCUCCACCAUGUGCAUGAGAACACGCUGGUCACCCUGGCCAACAUGGCAGGCUCUCUCGAUUUGUCUAUUUACCCAGAAGAGAUCUCACGGCCCUUGUUAAAUGGCCUCCUACACUGGGCCACCUGUUCUGCCUCGUAUGGUCAGGAUCCCUUCCCAGGUGGUGGAACAUCUCUUCAGUCUGCGUUGUCACCUCAGCGUCUCGCCCUGGAGGCCCUUGUUAAGCUCUGUGUGCUGGACCAGAACACAGACUUAGUUCUAGCAACACCACCUUUCACACGGUUAGACAGCCUGUGCGGCCAGCUGACCCGCUUUAUGUGCCGUGGGGAGGACCAGGUCUUACGUGAGUUCUCCAUCAACCUCCUCCACUAUUUCUCAGCUGCAGACUCGGGUGUGGCUAGAGUCAUAGCCAUGCAGAAUGGGUGUGUCUCUCUCCUGGUGGCUUUCAUCGAGGAGGCAGAGGCUGCGGCGAUGAAUGUGGCUAAUGUGCAGGGUGUGAGUGCCCUCAAGGAAAAUCCUGAGCUGAUGGGGACGAGCCUGGACAUGGUGCGGCGGGCUGCUAACACACUGGUGCACCUCUCGCGAGUGCCAGCCAAUGCUCGGGUUUUAGCUAAUUGUGAAAACAGACUAUUGACAUUGGUCAUGAGCCAGAUACUUGAUACCUAUGUUGCAUCUCAGUUGUCACAGGUGUUAUUUAAUGUAGCCCAAGUGCAAAAUGAAUUUCCCCAAUUAUCACCUUGCCCUUCACCACCAUCAUCACCCCCACCAACUACAGCACAAGCCUCAGAGUUAACCAAAACUCCAGAUGCACCAAUGGAUGUGGACUCACCACCAUUAGAUGCACCCAGCCAACCCACUUCUAUAUCCACAGCCGUAAAACUGGUCAAUCAUGACAUUUUGACUGAGUAUGAUAAGACCAAUGCUGCUUCCCCCAGUCCUGCUUCUGCUCCUUCUCCUAACCCUAUUUCAGCCCCUAAUGCCACACCUGUGCCCACCCCAGCCCCUGCCCCUGUCCCAGCUGCUACUCCAUCUCCAGUUCCUGUCUCUGCCUCUACCCCAUCAACUCCAGCCUCUGGCUCAGUUGCAACACCUGCUACAGCCUCUGCUCCUGCCCCUGCCCUUGCCCCUACCACAGCCCCACUGCCCCUGCCCCUGCCCCUGCUACUCCUGCACCUGCCUCUGCCCCAGCCCCAGCCCCUGUUCCUGCGGUGACCCCUGCAAUUGCUCCUAGCCCCACUCCAACCCCAGCUGUUUCCCUCGCUCCUGCCCCCACCCACACCCCAGCCUCAGCUCCAUUCUCACCUCUUCCGUCAGCGCCUGCUGCGACUCCUGCACCAGUACCUACAGCUGUACCAAGUCUAGGUAAAGUCCCAACUCCUAAUUUAACCCCUCCCCCUAUCUCUGCAAACAGCCCUGUAUUUAACCCAC